AUGGCAGUGAAAUUCUACGGCUCCCAAAUUAGUACAGAGACAGUGGCACCUCUUUCAUAUACAGGCUCCCCUUGGAGGCUCUUUGUCUUCGACAGCCUGCUGUUCUUGCGAUGGAGCCCCUACCUGAUCAAUAUUGUUCUUCCACUGUGGCCCUGUCCAUCGCAUGGCCUGGACGAACUCUAUCCGUCCCUGGCCAACAUAUAUGACAUCAUCCUUCACACCAUUCUCGUCGUUGCACAAUCGUUCUUCCUGAUUUCUCUGCCAUUCCUGAUCAUAGUCCCCUUUUUCUCCUACAUCAUCUAUAUUGGACUAUUCCUCGCGUUGAAUACGUCCGUGUGCAAGCUCCUCAAUGGCAAGAUUCCCGAAGACGGUCUCAAGUCAACUGAGGACGAUCAUUCUGAAGCUUGGAGACGGCACGAUGAUGAAAGCUGGAUCUUCCUCAACGGCGUCGCGGUGGGGAAACACUGGCUGCAAAGCAAUAUUGAUAGAAUAUCACGAACUUUUCACCGUCCAGUGGUAGGGGUGCACAAUAGAACAAACGGCAUAAUCUUCGAUGUUAUUCAAUGCCUGAUUCAACGCACUUUACUCUACAGCAACUCCAAUAUCCGCCAGUGCUACGUACUCAUUAAGAAGGCUCCCUACGAACCUGGAAUUAAAAAGGUCGUUCUCAUCCUACAUUCUCAAGGAGGCAUCGAAGGUGGCAUGAUCCUCGAUUGGCUCUAUGAUGAAGUGCCUCAUGAUUUACUCAAACAGCUGGAAGUCUACACCUUCGGGAAUGCCGCGAACCACUUCAACAACCCUUGUCGAGUCCAUAUUCCCAGUGUCGGUGCAGGUGCAGGUGCAGGUGCAGGCUCAAAGCCGACCCCUUCUCGAUUAAAGACGCGGAACAAGCGCGCAGUUGGCCAUAUUGAGCAUUAUGCGAACAGCAAAGACUUUGUGAGCCGGUGGGGGGUUUUGCACUUCAUGCGCAAAGUCACCGAAGAUCCGCUGGAGAACAGAUUUAUGGGCCGCGUCUUUGAACGGCUUGGACGCGGGCACCAACUCAAUCAACAUUAUCUUGAUAACAUGUUCCCACUUGAUCCAACUGGACGAUUUGUACGUGGCUUGCUCGACGGCGAUUUUAUGGAGAUGGAUGCCAGGUUAGGUGGCGGUAAAGAAGCCAGGGAAGGGCUGGAUCUGGCCCUUGAUGCAACAUCAGGAAGCAUCGAGCCUGAGGCGAGAAUCCCAACUAAUAGUCGAUCAUCAGUGCGGACGGAGAGCCCAAGAGGUAAUUCUAGGAUUUCGGAAGUUGAUGAAGUGGCGGAAACCAACGGAGUUCCCUUGAAAGUGAAGAAUUUGAGUCGACUGUGGGCCUACUGCAAUGGCGACUCUCCUGCAAGCAUGUUGUGA